ACUCUUUUCUCAUCAUUCAAUCAAUCUCUUCACCUUAAAGAAAAACCUCAAUUCAUCUUUCUAUAAAAGUUCUGAGAAAUGGCACCAAAGGCAGCAGGGAAAAAGCCAGCUGAGAAGAAACCAGUAGAGGAAAAGAAGGCUGAGCAAGUUCCAGCAGAGAAGAAGCCUAAAGCCGGAAAGAAGCUCCCGAAGGAUGCAGGAGCUGACAAGAAGAAGAAGAAGUCAAAGAAGAGUGUUGAAACCUACAAGAUCUAUAUCUUUAAGGUUUUGAAACAGGUUCAUCCAGAUAUUGGUAUUUCCAGCAAGUCUAUGGGUAUAAUGAACAGUUUCAUUAAUGAUAUAUUUGAGAAGCUUGCUCAGGAAUCUUCUAGAUUGGCUAGGAUCAACAAGAAGCCUACCAUUACUUCUAGGGAAAUUCAGACGGCUGUAAGACUUGUUUUGCCUGGUGAAUUGGCUAAGCAUGCUGUUUCUGAAGGUACUAAGGCUGUGACUAAGUUUACUACAGGGAAAAAGCCAGCUGAGAAGAAACCAGUAGAGGAAAAGAAGGCCGAGGAAGUUCCUGCAGAGAAGAAGCCUAAAGCCGGGAAGAAGCUCCCGAAGGAUGCAGGAGCCGACAAGAAGAAGAAGAAGGCAAAGAAGAGUAUUGAAACCUACAAGAUCUAUAUCUUUAAGGUUUUGAAGCAGGUGCAUCCAGAUAUUGGUAUUUCCAGCAAGUCUAUGGGUAUAAUGAACAGUUUUAUUAAUGAUAUAUUUGAAAAGCUUGCUCAGGAAUCUUCUAGAUUGGCUAGGAUUAACAAGAAACCUACCAUUACUUCUAGGGAAAUUCAGACUGCUGUUAGACUUGUUUUGCCUGGUGAAUUGGCUAAACACGCUGUUUCUGAAGGGACUAAGGCUGUUACUAAGUUCACUAGCAACUAGGGUUUGGAUUUGGGGAUUUUUGUGUUCUGGUUCAAUGUAAAGGUUGUUUGAUUUUGAUUUGUAAUUGUCCUUAGAAAGAUGACUGCGAAUGAAUCAAAGCUUUUUCUCUAAUGAAAUUA